UUAUGACCGCCGCCCGGAACAUGGUCUCGUCGCCGGCAGCUUCCUCGAAGAAGACCGCCAAGCACGGAAGCAUCUUCCGGCACGGAUCAAGCGGUGACAUGGACCAAGCAUAUCUGGUGCAGCCUCCGCCGUCCUAUGCGGCAUCUGUCGGUCUCCUAGAGCGGAUGUGGUCCUGGCCCAGCUACAUCGGGAAGAGUGUGCCGGGCGGCCCCACCGUGCAGGCCGCUGUAACCGGGGCGGCGGUCGGACUUAGCUCGCUGGUUGGCGGCCCGGUGGCGGCCACUUCCAUGGUCGGGCCGGCUGGAAGAUGGGCUGGGCAAUUUGCGGUGAAUGCCGCCCGCCCCACCGUCGCCUUUGACGAACAGGCGACUCUGGCGGCGUGGCGCGCCUCAAAAGUGGUGGUCAGCGACCAGCUGGAACUUGCGCGCGAGCGCACGAAGCAGAUGGGUGCAGAGGCCCAGGCCCGCAUUGAAGAGGCUCGUGCUCGAAUCGCCGAAGAAACGACAAAGCAGGCCGACUUGGCGCUGCAGCGGCUCCGCCUAGAAAUGGAGCGCACGAAGCAGAUGGAGAGGUACGCAUUGAAGAGGCUCGUGCUGGAAUCGCCGAAGAAUCGACGAAGCAGCUCCGCCUAGAAAUGGAGCGGGAGUCCCGUCGCCACAUUUAAACCCUUAUGUAAUCCAUACGUAAUACACUUAAAAACACAACACAAAGAAUAGAUUCCCUCUCCUCUCUUUCACAAAA